AUGACUAAUCAGACGUACUCGAUCUGCGCAAAGUUAAUCGCUCGAAAUCAACUAGUCAGCGUCAAUGCGACUGGAGCAUUGCUGCUUUCACUUACCUUUGGAAAGAGAACAACUAUGACAGAUAGUCAACAAUCAUAUUUUAUGCAUCGGGAAAAGCGACAUCUUGAUACGGAGAAGAUUUUCACCGACGGGAAAAUCCUAGUCAUAGUGAACAAAACCUUGUGGUUUUCAUUCGGAAAAAGUUGUGGAUUGUGGUAUAUGGUUGGGAAUAGUAAUUACGUGGUUAAUAAUUUAUCGCAAGCGACCAUUGUGAAAAUAGUGCUUCUCUGUAUGACAGUUUUCAUUUUGAGAGUUGCGACAGCUCAUUACAAAACACGAGAUACAUUCAAACCAUCAUCUUCGAACGAUCUUAAAACUUUAGCUAAUCGAGUACCUUCACAUCAACAUCGUCCAUUAGUUCAUUUUUCUCCGAGUAAAAACUGGAUUAAUGAUCCAAACGGACUUGUUUUCUACGACGGCGAAUGGCAUUUGUUCUACCAACAUAAUCCGCAUACACCUAUGUCGGUGAAUAUGCACUGGGGUCAUUCGGUUAGUGAAGAUUUAAUUGCAUGGACAGAAUUGCCGAUCGCUAUCGAACCGGAGGAUGAUGUCGUUGGUAUUUGGUCUGGUUCGGUUGUAAUUGAUUGGAAAAAUACUACAGGCUUUCAAAAGAAUAUGAGCACACAUCCAAUGAUUGCGAUAUAUACAUGGCAAAAGCAACGAUGGCAAGAACAACAUAUGGCAUAUAGUCUCGAUCGAGGACGUACGUGGACAAAAUAUUCAUCGAAUCCAAUCAUUCCCAUGUAUAAUAAUGUUUCCGCUGCUGACAGACUCAGUGAUCAAGUAGUUCGCCGGCCAUUUCGUGAUCCUAAAGUUUUCUAUCACAUUCUAACUUCCUCUUGGAUUCUUGUUCUGACAGGUGGUGAUCAUGUUCAGUUCUACAGAUCGUCAGAUCUUAUUCAUUGGUCACUUAUGUCUCGGUUUGGGCUUACUGAUGGCUCACAUGGUGGUACAUGGGAAUGUCCUGAUUUGAUCGAAUUUCCUCAAAGAACUCUGAAGAAUCGCACUAGUCUAUGGGUUUUGCUAGUAUCAGUACAACGUAAUGCGCCAGCUGGUGGUUCAGGUAUGCAAUAUUUCAUUGGCACAUUUGAUGGAAAUGAAUUUCACAACAUCCAGCCACCUGAAACUAUUAACUGGCUCGAUUACGGGCCUGAUUUCUACGCGGGAAUUACCUUUCACAAUAUUCCAGGAUACGAUAGACGACAAAUACUGAUCUCUUGGAUGAGUAAUUGGCAAUAUGCGAACAGUUUACCAACAGCGCCGUUAUGGCGAGGACAAAUGACGAUCCCACGUCAGUUACAACUUGAUCUCAAUUCAUACACCAACAGAUAUCAUCUGCGACAGACACCCGUUCAAGAACUCAUUCGUUAUUCGAAACGAUUAAUUACGUAUUAUCAUGAGAAACUCUCGAAUAUGGUUCUCAAUAUGUCUCGCGACGUUUACAUGUUCAACAUUGAAUUGCAUAAAAUCACAAAAGCAACAACUAUUCAUUUGAAAUUUCGCGAGAACUCCGAUAAAAGCGAAUAUACACAAGUCAGUUAUAUUGGUGAAAAAAAUCAAAUUGAACUCGAUCGAUCACGUUCUGGACUUACUGAUUUCUAUUCAUCUUAUCCUGUUCAGUUCAACAUGAAUCUAGACAGAGAAACAUUAAUCACCGGAAGACUUCAGUUACAACUGAUCAUCGAUCGCUGUUCGAUAGAACUAUUUGUAAAUGAAGGAAAAUAUACCAUGACAUCGUUAAUCUUCCCGAAAGAUUCUGGUUAUCAAAUUGACAUAUCUGUUGAUGGUCAUGAAAUAUUCAUUAACUAUCUUGAACUUAUGCUUUUUUCUCUUUGA